UCCGCUUCUCUCCUCUUCUGCAUCUCCACCGUAUUCGUUUCUUCUUCAAUGGCUGUCGAUCUCAUGAGUUUCCCUAAGAUGGAUGAUCAAACGGCUAUAAAGGAAGCUGCAUCGCAAGGCCUAGAGAGCAUGGAGCACCUGAUCCGGACCCUCUCCCACCGGCCUCAUGGCAACGUCGACUGCUCCGAGCUCACCGACUUCACUGUCUCCAAGUUCAGAAAGGUCAUCUCCCUCCUUAACCGAACCGGUCACGCUCGGUUUAGACGCGGACCAGUUCACUCCUCCGCCGCCUCCCCUUUGCCGGCGACGUCGAAUCCGCCUCCGAUAUCUGCUCCUGCGCCGGUGAUUGUGCCGGCGAACCUCGUUCAGUCGAAUCAGCAGAGCCUGACGCUCGAUUUCUCCAGAUCAAGUAUUUUCGGCUCCAAGGCAAAAUCCGGGGAGCUCGAGUUCGCCAAGGAUAGCUUCAGUGUCUCGUCGAACUCUUCCUACAUGUCGUCGGCGAUUACAGGCGACGGCAGCGUCUCCAAUGGGAAACAGUGCUCGCACGGCAAGCCACCUUUGGCCGGUCAUCCUUGCAGGAAGAGAUCCCUCGAGCACGAGCACAAGCACUCUGAAGGAUUUUCCGGCAAGAUUCCCGACGGUAGCAACGGCAAGUGCCACUGCAAGAAGAGCAGGAAAAAUCGGGUGAGGAGGAGCGUUAGGGUUCCGGCGAUAAGCUCGAACAUCGCUGAUAUUCCAUCGGACGAGUACUCGUGGAGAAAGUACGGGCAGAAGCCGAUCAAGGGCUCACCAUACCCACGGGGUUAUUACAAGUGCAGCAGUUUCAGAGGAUGUCCGGCGAGGAAACACGUGGAACGAGCAGCGGAUGAUCCGAAGAUGCUGACUGUGACGUACGAAGGAGAACACCGUCACGACCAGACCGCGGCGCGGGGGAAUAUUUCUCCCGGUUUGGUGUUUGAUUCGAAAUGAGGGGGUGGAAAUGCAAAGAAUGAAAAGCCUGGGGUGGAAAUUAGAAAUGUGAUCGAUUAGUUGGGUUAGUCCUUUCAUCUUUUGUAAUAUUUUGAGCUGUAGAGAGGUUUUGGAUUGUAAAUUCUUUUAAUUAUAGAUUAAACGAAGAUAGAAAUGUUGUUUUA